GAAAGAAAAUUACGAAGGAGAAGUGUAAAAGAUUGCGGGAAUGAGAGAAAAUCAUUGGGAGGGAGCACUCGAUCAGCCACCCAGUGAGAGAUCACUUGACGAGCACAAAAUGCACAACUGAUCAGAACGAUCUCGAGCGCAGACGUGCACAGUCUUCAAUCUCUUUAGGAGUGAUUCGCAUUGUUGGGAUUUUAAUUGAGUCAGUUUGUUGUACCUAAAUCAGUGGGAGUGCAGUGAAAGUGAGAUUCUUCAUUGUUGAUUGAAGAUCAUUUUUUGCGUGUGAAAAAAAGUUUAGCAGAGACGUUUUUUGUCUUCUUUAAAGAGGGAAAUGGCCUUUUUCCGGAAUAUCUGGAAGAAUUCAAAGCACAAGAAAUUGUGCGAAGAAUGGGCACUGGCUACAAAUAUGCGUGACUUCAAUGAUCCUCAGGAGGAUCUCGAGGAUGGCACGGAUCCAUCGACGUUCUCCGUGAAGUAUUUGGGCUGCACCGUGAUCGAUGCAGCCCGUUCGGAGGAUGCAACGGCCGAAGCAGUCAAAACUGUCAUAUCAACGGCCAAAGCAAGUGGCAAGAAGAUGCAGCGGGUAAAUCUAUCCGUCUCCCCGAAAGGCAUUGAAGUUUACGAUCCGGUUUCUGGUGAGACACAGCAGCAAGUUUCCGUCUAUCGGAUAUCGUACUGCUCCGCGGAUGCCACGCAUGAUCAUGUCUUUGCAUUUGUGAGUAGUCUGGAUCACCGAGACGCCACAUCGUCUUUCGGGGAAUGCUCAUCGUCAUCAUCGCAGAGCUCCGAUGCCCCAGUCAUACUCGAGUGUCACGCAUUUCUCUGCCCAAAGCGCAAAGUGGCCCAAGAAGUUGCUCUCACGGUGGCCAGGAGCUUCGGUCGUGCCUACGAGCUCUGGCAGGCAGCUACACGAAGGCGGAAGUUACUGGAGGAGCAACGACAAGAUGAGAAAGUUCAGCAGAUCGAAGGUAAUGCUGUGAGGAAUCUCUUGAUUGACUUUGGGAGUGAAACGGAGAUGUGCAAAGAUCGCCGGAGGUACUUCCAGAACACCUGGGUGUCCUUUGAGGAGAAUGAAUCCACCCACGAUCUCAGCAUCAUUGCGCAUCGUCACGAUAAUUCCAUGAUGUGCUCCUGAAAAGGGAUUCUUUGAUGUUUUAUUUGUAAUCUGAAUACAUUUUAAUACUUUUAAUACACAUAUUGGUGGUGUUGUGCCUAAA